UGGUGUUCGUAUACCAACCAACGACUUGCCUUCUCUACCUACUCCUAACUAAGUAUAUCGAUCCCUCUCUCUACUCUUUCCUUCUCGAGUGAGUCAAAUCAGCCUUUUUUUCAGCUUCAAGGAUUCUUUAAUAUUUUAACAUAGCCUCUUUGUUUUCUUUCGUAAUUUCGUUGAUCCUAUUCGGUUCUUUGAUCCAUUGAAAAGAAAGUCGAUCCAAUUUCCCUGGACGGCUUGGCUAGUUAAAAACUUUUGCUUUGAUUUAUUCUGCAAAUUUCCUUCUUAGGAGUUUAGUAAUUUUCUAUUUAUUGUUAUAUCCUUUUAUUCGAGAAAUUAUUUCGGGUUACUGAUAUGGAAAAAUUGAUUCCCUUAGUCAAUCAACUUCAGGACUUGGUGUUCAACACCAUCGGUUCUGAUUUUUUGGAUUUACCUUCCAUUGUCGUUGUCGGAUCUCAAUCUUGUGGUAAAUCGUCGGUCUUGGAAAAUAUAGUUGGUAAAGAUUUUUUACCUCGUGGUACUGGGAUUGUCACUAGAAGACCCUUAAUCUUGCAACUUAUCAACUUGAAGGAAGAAGAAUACGGUGCCGAUAAUGAGGAUAGUCAGCAGGAUUCUUCCAAUACUGAUGGCGCUACUACUUCCUUAGAAAAUAGAAGCGACCAGGAGGGAUAUGCUGAAUUUCUUCAUUUACCUAAUGUUCGUUUCACGGAUUUCGGAAAAGUUCGCGCUGAAAUCGAAAAUGAAACUAUGCGUGUUGCUGGUGCUAAUAAAGGAAUUAACAAGUUGCCGAUAAACUUAAAAGUUUACUCGAAACAUGUUUUGAAUCUUACCUUGAUUGAUUUGCCCGGUCUUACAAAAAUUCCCGUUGGCGAUCAACCUACAGAUAUCGAGUCUCAAACUCGUUCGUUAAUUAUGGAGUAUAUAAGCAAACCCAAUUCAAUUAUUUUAGCUGUUUCUCCCGCUAAUUUCGAUAUUGUUAACAGUGAGGGUUUAAAACUUGCAAGACUUGUUGAUCCUAAAGGCAAGCGAACAAUUGGUGUUUUGACGAAACUUGAUUUAAUGGAUCAGGGAACUAAUGCAAUGGAUAUCUUAAGUGGACGCGUAUAUCCUCUAAAGCUGGGAUUUAUUCCAACAGUAAACCGUUCUCAAUCCGAUAUCAUAUCUCAUAAGUCUUUGAGAGAUGCUCUUUCCUCGGAAAAUGCUUUUUUUGCAAAUCAUCCUGCGUAUCGAGCUAUCGUAAAUCGAUGCGGAACGUUUUAUCUUGCUAAAACGUUAAGUAAUUUAUUGGUUGCUCAUAUAAGAGAUCGUUUACCCGAUAUUAAAGCACGCUUGAGUACAUUAAUUUCACAAACUCAGUCCCAGUUAGAGAAUUAUGGCAUUUUCAAAAUUUCCGAUAAAAGUCAACGUGGAAUCAUACUUUUACAGGCCAUGAACCGAUUUGCUAAUUCAUUCAUUGCCAGCAUAGAUGGUAACUCAUCUAAUAUACCCACAAAGGAGCUUUCUGGAGGUGCUCGUUUAUAUUCUAUUUUUAAUAAUGUGUUUUCCACCACGUUGAACUCGAUUGAUCCAUUGCAGAACCUGUCUAUAAUGGAUAUCCGAACUGCUAUUCUUAAUAGUACUGGUUCUAGAGCUACGUUAUUCCUUUCAGAAAUGGCUUUUGAUAUACUCGUAAAGCCUCAAUUAGCUCUACUUGCUCCCCCUUGUCACGAAUGUGUUGAGCUUGUGUAUGAGGAAUUAAUGAAAAUAUGUCAUUAUUCUGGUGACGCUGAUAUGUCUAGGUUUCCGAAGCUUCAAACUGCCUUGAUUGAGACUGUUAGUGAUUUAUUACGAGAAAAUUUGUCUCCUACAUUUUCUUUUGUUGAAAGUUUAAUUUCCAUACAGAUGGCUUACAUCAAUACUAACCAUCCUGAUUUCCUGGGCGUUCAGGGUGCCAUGUCAAAUGUGCUUGCUAGAAAAAAUCAGCAUCUUACUACUCGUCGUCAUUCAACUUCUUAUUCAAAUCCAGUAGUUGAUAACACAAAAAAUGACAACCCUGAUAGUUCGAUUACAGACAUAGCGAGCUCAGAUGAUGUUACAUCUGUCACGCCUAACAGAAAGUUACAAAAUUUCGGAUCAGACAACCUUGAAAGGAAAACAUUUCUUAGUUACGUCUUUGGUGCCAAUAAUUCGCUGAAGCGGGGACCAAUGCACUCCAAAACGUUGUCCAACGGCUUGCCUUUGAAUGAGCCUGUCCAUAUGCUCAGUGAUCAAACCAAUACUCAACCACAAUCAAAUUUUGCAGAUAGCUUUCCAGUGAAAAUGACUGAUCUUUCUAACGAGGUUGAAUCCAUGGCACUCGAGGAAAUGACAGAGCGUGAAGAGCUUGAAGUUGAAUUGAUUCAAGAACUUAUAACGUCGUAUUUCAUAUUAACUAGAAAGAUUAUAGUUGAUCAGGUUCCCAAAGUAAUCAUGCAUCUGCUUGUUAAUGCAUCCAAAGAUGCUGUGCAGAAUCGCCUUGUAAGCAGCCUUUAUCGUGAAGAGCUGUUUGAUUCUCUAUUGAUCGAGGAUGAAAACAUUAAAAGUGAACGCGAAAAGAAUGAGCGCUUGCUCUCUGUUUAUAUGCAAGCUAACAAAAUGAUUUCUAAUGUCUUCUGAUGAACUUUUCCACCCUCGUUUGAAGCAACGAAAUGGUUUACUAUUAAAUAAAUGAAUGAUGAUAUAUAUUCUUUACACGCUACUCUCGUGCUAUUAAACUAUUAAUGUGAAAAGAAAAAAAGGAGUCCAGUCCUAUUUUUAUAUUAGUUUUAAUUCAAAGUCGGCCUUAUCAAGCAAUAAAGAAAUAUAUGAAUAAAACCUUUUAUU